CUCUGGGACCUGAUUGUUUAUGUUUGUCUGUGUUAUCGGUGCCAGGCACUGUAGUGCCAGGGGAUAGCGAACCAAAAGCCAGCGGUUCGUACGCCGCUGGCUUUUGGUGGUUGUGUGAUCGACGAUACGCCGUUGUCUGUUGAGGAAUAACGCGCAGGGCAACCUGAUCAGCAACCAUGGCUCAGCCCGCACUAGAUGCCCCUGCCGGAUCCAUGCUGCCUGGCUUGAGCGCACAUGGCGAGAUUGCUGCCGAGAUGGACGACUUGGGCUUAGCUCCAGAACCUAGAGCAUUACCGCGGUCUUCUGCCAGGUCUGGCAGGAGGUAUCCGAAUGGCGAACUGGUCGCCCAAUUGGGGGACUUGCGAUUAGUCUCGGAAGUUGCUGCCCCACCGUGGGACUCCACCACACGCACAGAGCCUAUGAGAUCAACUAGACGAAGAGACGGUCCUUCUGAGGAGCCCGACAGUACUGCAGACCGCACGGUUAGCCGACAGUCGGAAACCUCGAGCUCAGCAGUCUCAUCACCACGGACUGCUUCUGCCAGGCUCCACCCGCAUGGUGACACCUCUGACUCGGAGUGUGAAGACUCCGGCAAAACUUCCAAGCCCUCGAACUCGAUGCCAGGACGGUCUGCUAAUGGCAAUGCCAAGCCUUCCAAGCAGCCAGGAGGUUCUUCGAUCAAAAAGAAGCUCAAGACCGCAGGCAUUGUGGUUGGAGUAGCAGCAGUGGCAGGUGCCGCUGCAGUUGUUGCAGCACCCAUAGCCUUGGCAGCGGUCGGAUUCACUUCAUCCGGUGUGGCGGCUGGCUCGAUGGCAGCUGCCUACCAAGCAACGCUGGGAGGUGUCAUUGCCAAGGGCAGUGUGUUCGCCGUUUUGCAAAGCUGCGGAGCAGCGGGAAUACCGGCGACCGCGCAAGCCAUGGUCGCAGCAGGUGGUGCCACUGUUGGUGGAGGCAUAGCAACAGUGUCUCAAAAAUUCGCUGAUUGGAAACAAGCGAAAGAUUCAAGAAAAGGGACCGAUGGACGAGGUGGCAGCGGAGGAAUCAAUACUGGGGCCGAAGCCAAAGCCUGUAAGGGAGCCAACGGAGAAGAAGGCGCCAAGGGAACCGGAAAGGGAAGCAGACUGAAAAAUGAGAAAGACAAUUGCACAGAGAACGGCGUUGAAUCCGAUAGGAAAAAUGUGAAAUCAAGUGAUGCGGAAGGGCAGGAGACCUGUCGUCAAAAUCAGAAAAACGAGGAGGUAGCUGGGAAACAAUGAAUGCCCCGAAAGUAAUGUCAUCAAUUUAGAGCGCAGUAGCAACACCAUGGCCCUGUCACUACAAAUCUAAUCUAAUUUCAGUUCAAGAAGUUUGGCUAAAAAAAUAUAUUUUUUUGCUCUCCCAUGCAGAAACCUAAUGACAUGGCCAUUUUGAAACGACACCACAAACCCAACGAGAUUAGUGUAGUAUUUGUUUGCGUUGGGACCAAAGGUUUGCCUUGACACUAGGGGCCUUCUUAUUCCAUUUGCAAUAAAUCGUGUCCUAAUAUGUUAAAACUUAGCAUAGAUAAGUAGUUAUCACUAAUUAGAGUUACCGUACGUUAUCACAGGCUUGAUUCAUCGGCUGGAUUGCUGCACCUCCAAAUCAAACAGUACAACAUUUUCAAUCUUUAAAUUAUUAGUUUUGUUACUGCUGUCUUAUCAUUCAACGGUGUUAGCUCGAUUCAGCAUAUGUCUGGCAUGCACACCCAAAAGCAUGAAAUAAUCAGCUGAAUGUAACUAAUAUUUAUUGGCGGAGUUGUGUCUCGGACACCUCACCGCGUUGGCCUGCAGUAUACAGCAGCUAGUGCCACCUAGUAGGUGAACGUCAGUCAGUGAAGAGAUCUUCAGAAGACAUGGACGGCAGUGGGUGGGGGUACAUUCUAACUUCGUGUUCACGGGACAUGAACAGGCAGCUACAUCUUCAAGCUGCAGUUAGGCUGCUGUCGUUGUUCGAAUUAGCAUAUAUGUGAAACAUAAUCUUGGUAAAUAUGUAUGUGAAACAUAAUUGUUGUGUGAGAACACAACCUGUCUCUGCUUAUUUCUAUGGAAUUCAACUGGCCGCUUGUAGCUUGCUGGUCUAAAGUGAAUGAGCUUCCCGCGGCACUGUCCUUUCAUGGUGUGACCGGUGUGCAUAUGACAGCUAUAGACCUUAUGAUGUGUCAGCCGUAGAUGGCCUUGCAGUGCAAGGUACCUCAGUGACCAAUCGCAGAGGUGUACGCAGAAAUUUUUUUUUUGGGGGGGGGGGACACCUCUUUGAUCUGAAGUGGGCGAGCAGGCAGAUGUGGUCGAGUGUAAUUUCUUGAUCUGUACACCAUGGCAGAAAAAUUUCCGGGUGAGCAAGGGCCCGGUGUGCCAUCCCCUGGCUACGCCACUGACCAUUCGUGCCUUGUUCAGCGAAUGUCUGGCUUUUAUGGCAAUUCAGGCAGCUACAAUCGCUUUCCUUUGGAGCCCAUGCACUGCCAUUACUAUCGUACCUGUACUAGCCAACACUUGAUAGGCGCUUACAAUAGGCAGGAAAACUAAUUGUCGCGACACUGUGAUGAUGUAGUUGACCAAAGCAUAUAAUGUGAUAAUUACAAUGAAGGGCUUCUUCUUGUGAGCUGCUCAUGUGACAGCACUGUGGGCAAACAUUUGUUGGCAGGCUUACUUUACCAAAAUGUCAUUGAACGUCAGAAUGCGUCCAGCCUAAUGGUAGAAUGCGGCAUCACAGGAUCUCAGCAUGAAACCACCAAUCAUCCAUAUUGUGCUGGCUGUUGAUUGAUUAGUUUAUUUAUACUCUUAAAGGCCAUAAAGGAGGUAUUACAGAAUCCAGGGGCCACUGCAAUUGCGGCGGUACCUGUACGAAUGAAGACUUGUGCAGUUGGUGGUGAUACCGUGUUCAUGUAGUUGACCGAAGCGUGUUCAAGCUGAAACCAGAAGCUACGUUUGUUUUGUUUGGCGAUGCAGGUUAUUCCUACUGAUGUAGCCUGCUUUUCGAUGGCGGUCUAUAUACGUUGCGGUGACCAUUCCUGCCCAUCCCAGUGAUCCUUAUUAUGUUUCCCCCGAUUCCCUCACGCCAAGUGGAAAUGGGAAAAUAACUUGCUCAGUUUUUAUCACAUGACCCAUACAAACACCUAUGCAACUGACGUCUGUGUUCUUUGUGCAAAAUUAUUGUUUGUACAGGUCUACAGUGGCAAGCUCCACUGGAAAGACAGCCAGUUGUGAAACUGUCAGGCCACUCAACCCACGCGGUUGUUUCUGUUAGCCAGUAUAGUAUGCAUAGCAAGUACUUCCAUGAAACGUGUUGCUGGUUAGGAGCAUGAACCUUUUAGUUUGAGAAAAAUUGGCAAGAGGUCUUAGUUUUGGAGCUAUUUCCGGUAGGUCUUAAGACCUUGGUAGAUUGCACAAGUGAACAUUGUUUUUAUGUUGACAAAUGCAAGUGAUGGUGUGAGCGUGUACUUUGUCUCUGUUCUUGUGUUCAGUCUGGCCACACUGUGCCGUGCAGGGCCCCAUUUGUGGAGACCUGUUUCACCAAGGUUAAAUAUUUAGGGUAGUCAAUGUAGCAUGUGCAGAUGCUGGUUGAUCAGCACGUUAAAAAAUAACAAAGAAGUGAUACACAAAUUAGUACUAGUCCUUAGUAUGACUACUGUCCCCUGCUUUCAAGUUUUUACUUACCCACAACAAGCAACAUAAAGGGGAUUGUAGGGGGUCACGAACACGUGGAAGCUGUUUCAACAUAUGCAUUUUUGAUGGCUGUGUAAAUUUAAAAAGAUAAGCUUGCACGGUUUUCGUCAAAAUAUAUGUAUACACUCCAGUUUUAUGCAUUCUCGAAGUGUCAGCUCCAGAACACCUUUUGUUAAAUUUUUUAUUUGCCUUUUUUCUUGUACUAAAUUUGUUUCUGUGUACUGUAUUUAUUUAUCAAAUUGUUCGUUUCAUGGUUUCAUGAAUUUUUGUUUUCUAUUCCUGCAUGUGUAUUGUCUUGUGUGUGUAGUAUUGUUCAGUGCUGCUAAUCCUCGUGUUAUUUAUAUGAAGCCUUCACCAAGGUCCUGUGGCAGUCUAGUACUUUGGGACCCUUGUGUGUACAUUUUAUGCUUUGUAGUUAACCUGUUAUGUAAUAAUGAAACAGACUGAUUGAUUGGUUGAUAGACCAUUUCCAAGUGAUGCCCAGAACGUCCUCUAUGCCUUGUAUGGCAAGCUUGUGCGGGUAAUUAGGGAGAGCUUUGGGACGCACGCAGACAUUCUAAGAAGCUGUCCAACUGUACAACACAGCCUUAAUGAAAGCCGACACAUGAUGAAGCCAAGGAAGGUACUGGGGUCAUUAUUUGUAGAAAUAAAUGUAUUGUGUAAUUAUGAUAUAGAUGUGAAGAAAUUGAAGUGGGUAAAAAGACAACUUGCCACCCGCAGGGACCGAAUCUAUACAACCUUCGGGAAAAUGCGUCCAGUGCUCUACCAGUAGAGCUACAGCGGGGGUUGUCCUCCCGUCCGCUUUAUUAGGUAUUUAUAUUUAUGUAAUCUUGGGAGUGUUAGACAGCGUUGCUUGCAGCCAUGAUGGUGAGCGCGAAACUGUUCAGGGAACAUAAGACACCAUCCCCUAUUGGGAGUUCACAUGGUUCACAAAAGAGCAGAAAAGCUGAUGUUACUUGCGUUGGGAGUUUCUUAAUGCAGCUUUGUAUUUUGUCACACUAACAAAGGGUGAUUAAAGUGAAUAAAAAGAUGCAUCUAAUCUCUAUUUUAUGGUGCCUAUUUUUUUUAAGCGCAAGGCCACCUGGAUUCGGACAUUGCAUUCCAUGUGACGUUACCGCAUAAGGUAUUGCAAUGGCUGCUCAGUAGCGGCAGUUCGUGACUAUAUUAGUUAUGCUACAAUGGUGUGAAUGUUAAUGUGAAAGGACAAUAACACAAUUGCUGCACAGCAAUGAUUGUGUCGCUGUGCAGUGUGCAAUCGUGUAAGUUGCCGCAGUAUUAGCUUUCUUCGAUGACUGGUUAGAUUCGUCAAUUCUCAAUAAGGGGAUAUUAUUACAGCUGUCAUACAGGCCUAUGGCCCACAUGGCUUACCACAAGAGCCUGUGUCUUUACGGUCAACAAAUUGCGAAACAUUCUGAGCGCAGAAAAAAAGAGUUCGGCAAAUAGGAAUAGAAACCAUGCGUGCGAACUUUGAACAGAUGGUUUGGUUCAUCCGAAGCACAAAUUUAUGCAUUCCGUUCUUUGUCCUUGUCUUUUUUGAGGGCUUAAAGGGACCGACAACCAAUAUUUAUGGUGCCCAUUUUCUUAAGCUCAACGGAAAGCUUACCGGUGCGAGUGUGUAAUCACGGAAUGGUAACGUGGAAAACGGCGUGAAACAUUUGUAAUCAGAAUUUUUCUACAAGUCGCAACACAUGCUACAAACACUGGGCGCGAGAGCGGUUCGCGUUCACGGGCGGCGGAAAUUUGCUGCGCAUGCGUGCACUCUGCACGCAUACGCCGCGGCUCGACAUGUUCCACUGGCUGAACGUGGUUCUAUAAACGUUGCACUGGCUACCGCGAAGGCGGCGCCGCUUCUCACCGUGCAACUCAUUUUACCUUGCAAGCAGCACAAAAUAGAGCAGGGCCAGAUAAUAAUGUAUAAUUUUCUGGACUAAUUAUGGCGCGCAUGACAGCAUCAGACUCUGUGACUGCGCACAG